CCCUCAGCAUGGUGUACGCCCUCGACCCCCUUCCCGUCUUCGUGGUCCCUUUCCCCUGGCCAGACCCACCGCCGACCCACAAUGAAUUCAUCUACGCCACCAAGCCGACAAAGCGCUUCAAGCUCAUCGAGACUCGGAUCGCCACCUCCCUGCGCAGUGUCGAAGGUUCGUUUAUAACCACCUUUAAGUUCGCCAGUGGCAAGACUCUCAAGCGAGAGGACCUCAUCCAGACAUACCUCCGUCUGGUAGACGUGUCCGAUAGCGCCAAUGCAGCAUACGAGUGCAUCUCUGAAGCAAUCAAAGAAUGCCCCCGACCCUCGUGCCAGGCGCGUUUGCUGCGCCGUCGGCUUCACUGUGUCAUCGAAGACCUCGAGCCCCGCCGGGAGCAACUCCACGGUCUCCUCACCUGCCUCGCAAGCUGGGAGGCUGUCGCUCUCACGCCGACAGCGUUCAUUUAUCCGUGGGCCAGCCCCGACGACCCCCGUGGAGACCUCGACUACAGUUCCUUUAUCGAGGUGACCUCCGCCCGGAGAGAUCUUCUCCCCACAAGCUCAUACAUGGAAACCGUCAACGAAGGGACAAACCUCGCCAACAUGCUCAAGGGCCACCGCACGCUCCCGGAACACCAGCAGCUAAUGAAUGUCCCACCCGCUCACACCCCGCAGGAGAUCUUGGAGAACUACGGGAUAAUCUGGGGUUCAUACACCGCUCCCAAGAGGACCAUUUACGAGCGGAUCGAAAGGGUUUUUCACCGACCAUGAACUCCAUCGCACGUGGAGCACUUAUCCCGCAAAGCGGGGCUGAUUUUGGGCCAUCAACGUUGACAGCGGGACGAAGGUUGGGUUAGAUUGGUGUGGACCCGACACGCAGUGGCAAUAGCCGGCGCCGAGUGGAGAGGGUAGCGGUGGUCCCAGCCCCCACACCGAGUGGUGCGAAUGGAACUGCCUUCGUGAAGAAUCUGUGUGUGUCCUGGGACUGAGAAGAAUCCGCUCUGUGUGUUUGUAGCAUAUGAGGUGCAUCUAUUUUCG